CCACUUGCGUUCGAAGUGUCAAAGUUCGAAGUAAACAAAAGAUAUUUUUCCAAAAUAAAAAUAAAAAACAAAGCAAGCAAGCGGAGUAUAAGCAAAAUAUCAAAAUAAUCGGAAAACUUGGACUUUGUUUGAAUUGAACAAUUCCAUUAGAUUAGAAUAAAUCGUCAAUCGCACCAAUUACACAAUUACACAAUGGUCAGUCAAAAUUUUGGAGACACCAGCGAUCAGAAAAAAAUGCUGAACAAAAUGAAACACGAUUUGGAAGGCAACCGGGAAUUAGUGUUACAUUUGAAUUCGAUCCUAAAAUGGGAAAAGAAAUUUUUUCCGGGACUAAUAUUUGGCUUUUCGACAAUUCUGUUUCUGGUGCUGUGGUAUUUGGACUUAUCAACAAUGACAAUGGCCACAUUGAUACUGUUAAUUAUAUCGAUUGUGGACGUUGGCUUUCCCGUGCUGUCCAAGUUUAUUUUCAAACCGGAGAAUUGGACUGGUGAACACGAAAAGCAAUUUGAAAACGUUUGCGGGGAGGUUUGCGUUGCCAAGCUAGCAAUUUGCAAUGCUCUGAGCUAUGUAGUCGCCAAAGAAGCUAAAUCGCCCGUUAGUAGCAUCAUCACGAUUGUUGUAUUGAUAGCGCUGGCCUAUAUCGGAGCAGUGGUUGAUAAUUUGCUGCUUAGCUAUUUGGGCUUCUUGGCAAUAAUGUUUUAUCCGGGGCUGCUGCACCACGGUAUCGUGAAUAUGGUGAAGGAGAAGGUGUUUGCGUGCGUUUCCAGCAAAAUCCAAAAUAUCAAACAGAAAAAAGGCGAAUAAAUUCCGACCUUUACAACUCUCGGUAUCUAUGCGUGUGAAAUAAAAAGCCCAAGCUGCAAUUAGCGGCACCAAAAAAAAAUAAAUUAAACGGAACACACACACAACCAAUUAUUGAUUUAAUGUGAAAUAUGCCAAUGAAAUCAACAAAAUCUAGUUAUUUGCUGUACUACUCUGCUAUUUCCUGCAAGAAUUGAGUUUUAUCGAUAAGUUUUAGUUCUUAAGUAGACAUAAUAUUAAUGGAGUUGCAUUGCUCGAUGACAGCAAUUACUAUAAAUGUACUCUUCUUUUGUCCCCAAUGUCUGAUAGCUUAUAGGAGACAUUGAUUGUCAUGGAAUUUUUUUUGUGUGUUUGCCGAUGUUUGAAUGUUUAUUAUUAUUCGUAGCGUCCCUUUAUGAUUUUGUGCUGAAAUUUCUGCUAUUCCUACACAGACUUAUUAUUGCCAUUCAACUAUUGUUAUUUUUAGUAUUUACAUUUAAUUCAAAAACAUUUUGUUUACCGAAAAAUGAAUUAUUUGAAGAAGAAAAACCCAGUCGUUGUAUCUUCAAUGAAUAAAAAAAAUUUCCUAGUA